UUGCUUUCACACAUUUAACAAAUUCCAUUCUCCCAAAAUCCCUCUUACAUUUCCCGAGCCACUUUCAUCCUUAUCGUCGCCACGUCGCCGUUCGUCGCAGAUCUCCGAUCGCCGCUCUCUCCCCUCGAUUCUGUGAGGUUUGAAUACACGAGGAGACUCCCUUAAGAUGGCAGAUGCCGAUAACGAUGGAGAAGAAAACACCUCUCGUGGAAAUGAAUGGGAAGUUGUUUCACUCACUGCUUCGGCGUAUGAAGCUGCUCCUGGUGUGAAGGAAGAUGAAUCAAUUGAUGAAAAUAAAAGCAAUUUGUAUGAAGCAGAAACUUCCAGUGCCCUUUUUAUGUCUCGUCACUUUGUAUUUCCACCAAGUCAGCACGAGAAUUUGCCACUAGAACCUGAUCAGAGCGAGAUUCAUAAUGAUCAAGGAGGUAAGGAGAAUGUGGUGUCUGAUUGUUCUCCAGUAGAUGGGGGGAAAUCUGGUAGAAAGAAUGAAGACAGCUUGAAUUUAGAAGGGUUGGAUGAGACUGAUAAGUUUUCCGAGAUUGAUAAAACCAUGGAGAAAGGCAGCAAAUUGUCUUUUCAUGAUGGUGAUCUUGGUGACGACACGACCCUACAAGAUUUAAAUCUGAUUGACAAGGAGCAGGAUCCCUUCGGUGCUCCUACAUACAGUUCUUUUCACGGUGAAACCGAUCUCAGUUCAUCAACGUUUGGUGAAAUCCCUCCAUUGGAACCUACUGAUCAAAUCUCAACUCCAGAAAUCUCAGAAACUUCAAGAGUUGACGAUAAAGGCAAUAAGUCCACCCUUCCUUGUGGUGCUUGGUGGAAGAGAAGAGCUGCUAAUUUAUAUUCUCAUGCGAAGGAAGCAAACGCAUUUUGGUCCGUUUUCAUUGCAGCAGCUGUUAUGGGACUUGUAAUACUUGGGCAGCGCUGGCAGCAGGAAAGUUGGCAGACUUUGCAACUGAAGUGGCAGAUUAGUGUAAAUGAUCAGACAAACAGAGUGCUGGGACCGAUAACUCGGCUCAAAGACGUGAUCGUGGGUGGGCAACGCCGUGGCUCGUCCAUCAAGUUCAGCCCCAGUAGUGAGUUAUAAGAUGACGACGAUAAGUGUAGAAAGAAAGGAACAGAAAGAAAGAGGUUUGUUAGUUGAAUGUGCCUGGUUGUCUUUGGGCGUCUUUCAAAUUUUACACACAAGUACUUUUGGGGAACAUGUUGAAGUCUGAUUGUUUAAAUUAUAUCUUAUCAUGGUGGUAUAGUACCAAUAUCGCAUUGUACAUUAGCUUAAUCAAUUUGAUGAUAUGUAAGUUUUGGAGGUCCUUAUAUCUAGGGCUCAUUUUCUUUUCGA